UUACAAAGCUGUUCUCACCUGUGCGCAUCACUGCCGUCUCCAGCGCUGUUCCUCUGGUCGACAGGAAGUCUGAGUUCAUCUUCAAGGUGGUUCCCUGUGUCAAGAAAGUGAGUAGCCAUGCAGCAUCACUGUUGGCAAGUCUGAAUUUCCAAAGAGAAAAAGCUCAGUUCUGUGACUGUGUGGUCACACAGAGAUAUGGCCCCCGUGAACUCCACCCUGCACACCGGUGUGUCCUGGCAGCCUCUAGCCCAGUGUUGGCAUCUAUCCUAUCCUCUGCUGGUGCCCUGGUGGAACUGCAGGCUCCAUGUCUGUCUGACUCUGUACUGUCACUUCUUCUGGAUUACAUUUACACAGGAGCAUUGCCAUACGCUCACAGCCAGCAACAGUAUAGCAACCUGCUCACUGCUGCCCACCACCUGCAGAUGGAUGAAUUGCAGGAGGAUCUGAGAGCUUUGCAACAGUCUGAAGAGAAAGCUGCAGAUAAUACGAAUGCUUCUGCUGGAGAUGAGAAUCAGGCAUAUGGAGACAUUAGUAAUACUUAUAGAAAAACUUUGAAAACUAAGUAUCUGCCAUUAUCACUGGAGAGAGAGGAUCAUUCAUAUUCAGUCAAUGUGCAUGAAUGUGAUAACACAGAUUCAUGUAAAAGUAGCUGUAAAAAUGAUAGAAACCACUUAAGCAAAAAGGGUGCAUGCACUUUAAGCAAUGCAAGUACCUGUUUUAGUUUAUCUGAAAGCACUGAGAGCAGUGUAAAUACAGAUAACUGCAGACAAGCACCUCAGGAUUUGAUUCAAAAUAUCCACCGCACAGCUGAAGUGCAUGGAGUUUGUGGAGUGGACAAAGAAGUGCAAAAGGAUCAGUUUCAUUCAGCUGGCACUGUAAAACCAGAAACUUGGCAGAGGAGCACAGAGGAGGAGCCAGAGCGGACAGUUGACAACAGGAGGAGGUCAAAUUUACUUUGCACUGCUGAGAUCCAAGAGGAAGAAACAAGCAGAGCAGAGAAGACACAAACUAACAGAAAAGAGGAAGACAAGACUAAAAUCUGUCACUCUAUCCUUCUUCCUCUUUCCAUCUCCAACCCUCAUGACAAUGUUUCACCCUCACAUUGGACCUCUUCAUCAUCUAACUCAUCACCACAUCCGUGCUGUGGUGCAGUACCUGUCAUCCGUCACAGCAGUAGAGCAGUUAUGCUCCAACAGGCAGAAAUGCCACCAAUGCCUUCUUCUUACCACCCAGUAUCCCAGGCCCCAGUCAGCUCCAACAGGGCCUCUAACACAAGAAGCUUAAGCAAUGACAAUAUUGUUGAAGGUAUAACCAUGGGAUACAAAGAUCAUCUUGGGGCACAGAAUCAGGAUUUCAGAAACAUUAAAGACCACAUUGGGACAAAAAGUUGGGAUUACAAGGACAGUUCCAAUCAUUCUGACACCCUAAAACAGAACAACAGCAGCAAUGCAGAUGAUUUUAUAGGAAAGAAUGGUCAACAUAUGAGCAAUGGAUUAUCUCACCAUACAGAUCAUGAUGAUCGUCAUGCUUAUUAUGAUUCAUUUCAGAAUAAGAAUCACACAAAUCAUUUUAGGGAUAAGUCAGUUCCACAGAAUAUAGAUUGCAGCAAUUUGACCAGAAGAUUAAAGUAUAAAACUAAUCUCACUUUUGAUGAUUUCCCCUCCAAACAUCGACGGAUGGCAACUACUGCAGAGGCUCCAGAAGCUUUAGUUCCACUUCCUGCAAAGGAACCAGAACCAGGAAGUGACCCGCAGUGCGAAGAUUUGUGUUCCAAGGGAGAAGUGAAAGAAGAAAUCAAUAACUCAAGGUCUCUGGCUGAAACAGAUAAACAGGACAGCCACUAUAACUUGCAUACAGCUGAGACAAGCACAAAAGCUGCUUCCUAUAGCCACCAUGAAUCUGACAACAGAGACACAGGUAUUACAGACAAAAGUCAUGUCUCCACCACACCAGAAUCAUGUUUGGAAAGUGUCACUAGUGAUCUGUCUAGCUUUGAAUGCCACACAUCUCCUGAAAAAAGUGCUGAGAUCUCGGAGCCACACUUGACUUUUACAAUGCCUGUGGACUACAACAUGUCUCACCCUACGUAUGGUUUUGUGGGGCCAUCAUACCAUGGACAUCUUCAAUAUCACUGCCUACCACAGUCAGAAACACACUUAUCACAUGAAUACUCUAGUCACAAACCCUCCCACCCCAGCAACCCUGAUCAUUCAGACCAGUCCAGUGAUGAGGAGGAGGGGGUUGGCACCUUUGCCAGUCCAGGUUACAACCCUCUGAGGCAGCACUUUGCUUCAGGGACAACAGACCAGGUUCUGCUGCUGGACAUUAGUGCUAAACCUGCUGAGUUGCUAGUUGCUGAUGCAUUUGGCAAAAAGCAUACAUUUGGAUAUAGGAAUAAUGAUAGAGAUCAAAGGAAUGGAGCAACAUCUAUAGCAGGAGUUGACACUAAUUAUUUGUUUGGAGAAAUCAAUGUUGAAGAAAGAAAAUCUGUUGGUAAAGACCCAAGCAGACCAGGAGCUGAGGUCAUACAUAAAGCUGGGGUUGUGGAGAGGAUGUCCAACCUGAAAGAAGGUGAGAACCAGACCCCUGGCCUGACAGCCUGUUCCCCUCCUACUGUGUUGGAGUCUCUACAAGCCUCGGUGUCAUCUACCUUGUCUGUCUGCAUACCUUCUGCAUUGUCAUCCAGUAUGCCAACGAAUAUAUCAGCUCAUCUGUCAAACCCUGUUCACCACCCGUUCCAGUGCUCUCUGUGCGACCGGUCCUUCAGCCAACGAGGCUCUCUGAAUAGACAUGUGCGGAGCCACCUUGGCGUACGGCCUUUCCCGUGUCCCCGCUGCCCUAUGACUUUUUCACGACAGUACCGCGUCACAGAGCACAUGCGCGUUCACCAGCGCUAUGUCUUCAAAAGUGACUUUCAAAAGCCCCAUGCCUCUUCAACUUGAGACAGCAAGUAAGGGCAUGUAAGUUAUUGUCCCAUCAUUGAAGAACAGUAUUAUUCAAAUGUAUUUGCUAGUUUCAUGCAGAUGUCCAGCCAUGUUCUCAAGUGACACUGCCUGUGGUCGUAUGAUCGGGAUGUGCCAGGUGCCUUCUGUUGGGAUAAAAUAACGCAGCAAAUGGUUCUUGCCUUCUCACCUGAUGCAGUCCAGCAGCAUUUCAUGUGCAUGUGAAAGGUAGCUUUUGGCAUAGCAAUCUAAUGCCAAAAGCACUGUCAUAGCAGCGGUAUUUUACAAGUCCGGAUAUUUGAGUUGGAGUUGGUAGAGACCAAAAACAGAGCUAAAAGAGAGUAUACAUUAGCCACAAAACCGCAAGCUGAUUACAUGUCAAUGUUGUGUUCACACCCAAGUAUUAUUGCACACCCCAGUUAUUGCAGAUUUAAGUCACUCCUUAAAUGCUGAAUGUGUAAGGCAAUUAUUUCUUAAAAGCUAGCCAGAUAACAUAUAAACAUAAAAGGUGAUGGUAUGCAUACUAGCUUAGCAUAGCAUAGCUUUUUACUGCCAAAAAUGACCAAACAAUCUGUUAAAAAUGGUGUAUUUCUGAUUCUUGAUUGUAAUUAAUCAUGUAUUAAUCAUGUUUGCUUUGGCAGACUUAAUUUUUCACAUCUGGUAUAGACUAUAGUUACUUACUUCUGUAUUGCAUGUCCAACAGUUACCAGUGAGACUCAUAUUAGCUAUUUAGACUAUGCAUACGAUGUCAGUCUUUUUGUUUUUAUAAUUCAUGAAGUGUUACAGUAAUCAAAUGAAAAUAACCUUAAUAGUA